UUUGUACUUGCGAUUACUAUUUCACGACUCGAAUUAUUUUAUACUGUCAUAGAUCCCAGUUUACUUCCUUCUUCCUAUUAUUCAAAGAUCACUUUGUAUAGAUAACCAUAAUUUCUAAUAAUUAAUAUAACAUCAGCACAAUAAAAUUUUAUCACGAUAAUUUGUCGGUUAAAAUUUAUAAUAAUUACCAUAAAUAUUUAGAAUACAAAUCAAAUUUAUGCAAUUUAGGACAUUUUACUUACCAGUGAAAUUAGUUCAUUACAGUGCAAAAAUCGUAAAAAGUUUGUGUAAAUCAAAUAAUAAUUGGAGGUAUCAAAUAGCUAGCAUGGGAUUAUUAUCAGAGGGUAGUCCGCUGUCAUGGGAAGAAACCAAAGCAUUAUCAGAGCAUGUUCGUCAACACGGUAUUGAACAGUUUAUAAAUCUAUAUAGCAAGCUGAGAGAACGCACUGGUGAUGUCCUGAAAUGGGGUGAUGAGGUGGAAUACAUAAUAGUUAAAUUUGAUGAUGAGAAUCAACGAGCCACUGUUAGCCUGAGAGCUGAUGAGCUCCUCCCUAAAUUGCAAGAAAAGGAACUUGCAGAUCCACAGAAUGUUAAAUCUUUAUGGCGGCCAGAAUAUGGCGCUUACAUGGUCGAAGGUACACCAGGAAAGCCAUACGGGGGUCUCCUAGCACAUUUUAAUAUCGUAGAAGCCAAUAUGCGAUAUCGUCGAGCUGAGGCUAGUACUUUGUUGAAGGAUGGCGAAGUGAUCAUGAGCAUUACUAAUUUCCCAAGACUUGGAUGUCCAAACUUUACAAGCCCACCAUAUGCACCGACACCAAAAGAUGGUGUAACUAGGUCACUCUUCUUCCCCGAUGAAGGAAUAUUUCCUGGACAUCCACGUUUCAAGACAUUAUCCUCGAAUAUACGACGCAGAAGAGGGGAGAAGGUUGCUAUUAAUUUGCCAAUAUACCGUGAUGUGAAUACAAAGGUUCCCGUGGACGACUCGUAUCAAUUGGAGCCGAAUGCUGCAAAGCCCGACUGCGUGUACAUGGACGCUAUGGGUUUCGGUAUGGGCUGCUGCUGCCUUCAACUCACAUUCCAGGCCUGCUGCAUUGUCGAGGCACGAACAUUAUACGACCAACUAGCACCGUUGUGCCCUAUCAUGCUGGCGCUCUCGGCCGCAUCGCCCAUCUACCGUGGCUUCUUGACCGAUGUGGACUGCCGCUGGAACGUAAUAUCGGCGUCGGUGGACUGCCGCACGCGGGAGGAGCGGGGGCUCGAGCCGCUGCGUAACAGUAAAUUCAACAUACACAAGUCCCGGUACGACUCCAUCGAUUCGUACCUCUCCCCCGAGCACGAGAAAUACAAUGACAUUCCAAUUGUGCACGAUCCGGCGAUUUACCGGCGACUACGCGAGGGAGGCAUCGACCACCCGCUAGCGUUGCAUGUGGCGCAUCUCUUCAUUCGUGAUACGGUCUCACUCUUCUCCGAAAAAGUCCACCAGGAUGACAAGAAUGAUACGGAUCACUUCGAGAACAUUCAGUCAACCAAUUGGCAAACGAUGCGUUUCAAGCCGCCGCCCCCCAACUCGCCGAUCGGGUGGCGCGUGGAGUUCCGUCCAUGCGAGGCGCAGCUCACAGACUUCGAGAACGCCGCCUACGUCUGUUUCGUCGUCCUACUCACCAGGGUCAUACUAUCUUAUCAUCUCAACUUCGUUAUGCCCAUCAGUAAAGUGGACGAGAAUAUGCAGCGCGCGCAGCGUCGCGACGCGUGCCUGACGCAGAAGUUCUGGUGGCGGCGCGACGUCGGGGCGCCCAGCCACGCCGCGCCCACCACAUACGCUGACCACGCGGACCAAUAUGCCGAAAUGACCAUAGACGAGAUCGUCAAUGGAAAGGACGGUAUAUUCCCGGGCCUGGUGCCGCUGAUAGAGUCAUACCUGUCUGGCAUGGAUGUGGACGCGGACACCCACUGCUCGAUACAGCAGUACCUCAAGCUUAUACAGCGCCGCGCCUCCGGCGAGAUAUCCACUAUGGCCACUUGGAUGCGCAAUUUCGUCACCUCGCAUCCGCAAUACAAUAAAGACUCGGUAGUUACUGAAAAGAUAAAUUAUGAUCUACUAAAGACCGCCCACGGUAUACAAACGGGCACGAUCCCAGCGCCGACGUUACUCGGCACCAGCAACAUUUCCAAAACCAACGAAGACAUUCCCAAAGCAUUCAGCAAGAUGUUGAGUAAGGAGUGCCCGUAGCCGAGGCGCUUCAACUUCGCCAGUGCAGUCAGUGCCUUCAAUUUCAAGUGCACUCAAUUCUAUUUAAGUAUUUGUUAUCGUAGUUACAACUGCCUUAUGUAGUUUAAUUUGAUAUUUGUAUGAAAAAAGAUUAGGUUGAUCCAUAUGAUGGAACUUUGCAUAUUAUGAUUAUGAAUUCUUUAACACUAUUAGUUUGUAAUGAUGUUAUUAUAACUAGCUAUACAUAAAACGAAUGGUAAAUAUUAAUAACAUUUUAAAUAUUCACAAUGAAUGCAUGUGAAUACAGCUGUCUUAGAUUGUAUUUUAAUUGAACCGAACUAUUUCUAUAUAUAUCUACCUAAAUUUUUGUAUAUUACCCACAUACUAUUCUAAUAAUCUGUUUAAAGAAAUUAAUCAUAAAAAUAUGUACUGUCCACCUAGUUGUAUGUAUAUAUCUAUUCAUUAUAAUUAAAAUACUCUGUUCCCAUUACAGACGAAUAUAGUACAAAAAUAAAUUACUAUAAAAGGAAUUUCAAGAUGUGUACCACAUACUAGCAUUUACUCACAGUAUUAAUUAUAUAACAUUUACAAAUAGUUAACCAGAAGUAGUUUGGUUGUGAUAUAUAAAAAAAAAUUGUAGUUAUAUCUUGAGCUAGAUAUUAUUUCAUGUUUGACAUGUUACUAUCGGUAGUUAUCUUAAUUAUUUAGUAAGUUCUUAGUUUAUUUUUGAAUAUUAUUGGGCUAUUAAAAGUAUGUUUUAAUUUGGUACUUAUUUUGUUAAAUAUAAUGAAUAUGAUAUUUGUAAUAAAUAAAAAAUAUAUAUAUAAAGAUAACGGCUAAAUGUCUAUUGUAUUAAGUAGAACAAAUAUAGUUGAAUUCUGUGAUACAAAUGUAAACUAGAACUAACGUGGAAACGAUAUUGAUUCAAUAAUGGGUCGGGGUGUUAGGGGAAAUCACUGCACGAAACUUCAAAACAAAUAUUAUAAAACUAUGCGUUAAUAUUUUUUUUUUUUUAUUACUAUUUUACAUUAUCUUUUUUAUUGUAUACUAUAUUUAUUAAGUACGUGCUUUCAGUUUAUAUGAAAGUUAAAAAUUAAUAUACAUUAUUUACUUGAUUGUCGAGUAUAUACUAUUUUUAUACAUACUCUAAUUACGUUAAUUAUUUAUUGUGAUCAGAACUAAGAGUAGCCAGAACAAUAAUACUUUUCAUUUCAACAAAAAAAUAAAAUAGCGCUUAAAUAUUCUAAAGAAAUUAUUCUAGAAAUCGUCCCUCUUUAUAUAGUAUCACGGACUGAAUUACCAAUUCAAAAAAUAGCAGUGUUUUCCCGUAAAGCCUAUCUAUAUCCAUAAAGCCACAAAGAUUUGUCAAUAUCCUAAGUAGUUCACAAAAAAAAAUUCUGUCACUUAUCAACUAACUUUUGUGUAAUAAGUAACCAACAAGUUAUUUUUAAGCAGGGUACAUUUUAAUGAAUAGAAAGUCUAUAACAAGUUUGUGUUUUCUAUUGCCCCAUAUAUUUUUUAAAUAUUUUAGGCACUGGGAUCAAUUUUGAGACUAAACCCAUCUCUAAAAUUAAAAUUUGAUAUUACAGCAAAACCUAAUAUUUUGAAGAAAAAUUGUAUAAAUUUAGUUUAUGUCCGUAAAACAUUAAUAAUUUUGUAAAAUUAUCAAAUUAAAAUAUUGGGUUAAAAGAUAAGUACAUAAACUAGGCGCUUGAGAAUUGACCCUAGUGUCAACACAAUUAUAAAUAUAAGUAAUUGUAAUUAACAUCACGAAAAUAGUGUGAUUCGGUUAUAAACUUAGAUCAAUCAACACGGAAAGCGUUCCUAUUUAAAAGCUUUUUUCCCUUCUGCUUUUAGGUUUCUUUAGACGGUCUAGCGACGACUUGAUUUUUGCGUACAUAUUUUACCACUUGUAAUAAAAACAACUCCAUCUCUUAACGAACAUGUGCUUGACUAAAGCCCUUCGUAGACAUCUAUACAUUUCCCCUAAGUUCACGUAACUAGAGGACUAACGACAUAUCCACACUCCGAAAAAAGUAGUCGAACCAGAACCACCGAGAACAGUGGCUCAUGUCGCCUACGUCUUACGCCGCCUCUAAUCACAACUAGAUGCUGCAAGUGCCUCAGUGUGCAGAUACAGAACUAGGCGUGCUAUAUUUUUCCCUUACUUUGUUGUUAAUUACAAGAACUAAUUAUAAAUGACAAACCCUUCUGAUUUAAGUUUUUAUUAAAUCAUUCUUCAAAAUUUAAAAGGCUUUUGACAUUUGUCGGCAUAAAGUAACGAAAAAACAGAGUUUUUGAGAUUCAACUUGUAACUUGAUUAAACAGUUAAAAAUUUGGUACACGUUUUGAUUUCUGAAUUAUAUAGAUGGACUUUUUUCUUAAAGAUUAUUAAUAUUAAUUGAACCCAUUUUUUUAUUGCCAAAAUCAUUUUAAAUUUUCUCAUAAAUACAGCAAAAGAUUUUCGCAUAAAAAUACAUAAUAAUAAAGUUAAUAUAUUUAUAAAUCAGUAUAAUAAAAAUAAACAAGUUUCUAGAAAAUAAAAAAAUAAUAUGUAAAGCUGUAUAAAUUUCGUUAGGCAACUCAAUGUACCCGCCUAAGCUAAACUGAAGCAAUAUAAUUUUGUAAUAGUCCUCAUAAUCGAAUUCAAAUAUACCAUUUUCGUGUUCUUAUGGCACAAAAUGGAAAGGGCGAUUGUAGCAUUUAAUUGCUACCUGGCAAUUAAUGGCAUUUACUUAUCUGUAUAAUUAGUACAGUGUAGCUGUAUCUACUCAAAUAUACGAAGCACAAAAUUAUUAAUUUAAUGUGUUACCAGUGAAGUGGGUAAUUUGUGUUAUAAUCCCACAUCUUCGUAAUUUGUUGCAUAGGUUUUAUAGUUUUAUUAUUAUUAUUUUUUAAUACUUAAAUUGUAAUGUAUCCAAUAAAGUUAUUUUUAAUUGUUA